GAUGGACAUAUUUUCAAGCCUGAUGGUCAAUUUCCGGCGUUAAUCGGGACCGUCUCUCCUGAAAUAUCAACCAGUUCGUGGGCAAGUCAUAAAUUCGGACCUAUUCAUUCUGAACUAAUAGAUUACUUCGGCCAAGAUGAACACUUGAACUACAUGGUGCCCGAGACGGCCCCUCAUCUAGUAGACACUUUUCAAGCUGCGCAUGAAGAUGAUUCGACUCGGACAUGGUCAAGCCCAGAAUCUGAGAAGAUGAUUGGAUUUUUAUUUAAGAUGUUAGAAAAAGAACGCAUAGGCUACGUGGCCCAAUACUUCAACGCAGGACCGAUGUCAACUAAACCUCCGAAUACCCCAGAAAAUGUUUAUCUUCAACAAUUCUACGCGAAAUUUUACACUAGUUGUGAUAAAACCAAUAGGUGCAUAAGUCAAGGGUCCGCAUAUCAUCCAAAACUGUCGAUCACGAUGGACGUGACCGCUCGGAGAAAAGGUUACGGACUGAUUCGAAUUUCAAAGGAGGAUAAAAACGUGGUACCACUUCCGGAGAUUUAUAGGCGAUUCAACAAAUUAGUAAAAGCUUUGUAUUACUUUCAUUCCCGGAUCCUCGCACACUUAAAAGUUGGUGAACAUAAAUCUAAGAAGAGAAAAGGAGAACUCUUUCUAUGGUUGAUAGAAAUCAUUAUCGGCCCAAAGAAAGGUCAUUUUCCUCUGGUCGGAUUCACCAAAAUCAACGAAAAUCUUGCGCCAUGGGAGGACGUCACCCACGAAGCUUUUGGUUCGCUGAAGCAGAUCCACGUACAAUUGAUUAAGUAUUUCUCUCAAUGGGAAACAGAAGAUGCGUUGAAACGAACGGCAGCAGUUGUUACAACCGCUUGGUUUCAGGACCAUUAUCCUGCUGAUAUGGCACGUUUGAUUGCCUGAUGAUGAUUUAAUACGAUUAUAUUAAUAAAUUUGAUUGAGUGAUCUUCAUCUUAUUUCAUAAUUCAUCUCCCUCAUCAACAUCAAUAUCACAUUUUUCCCUGCUUGUGACCAGGGUAUGAGUUGGGCCCUCUGGUAUCACAACAGCCACAUGCUCAGCAUGAG